UAAUAAUUAGAUCCAGAGUAUCCAACGUAGAAGAUUCUCCUGCCAAGAUCUGUCCAGAAGCGGCAACGCGGGCGGUCUAAAAGUCUCCCGUAUCGAUAACAUCUUCAUUUUCUCGACAUGAAAAUUUCCGUCGCAUUCGUCCACCGCAUCGAAACUUCAAACUGUCGCACUGAACGGAAUCUAACGAUAACACAUAUCAUAUCCUUUCCUUGACAAGAAAUCCAGCUCUGUCAGGUCGCAAAUUCGAGAACGCGUUAGGAAGCUGUGUGGCAUAUCCAACACUCGGAAUCAACGAGCCGGUAACUUCGAGUGCGAUCCUAGGAAAUAGUUUCUCGAUCGUCUAUCUAUCCAUCCAUUUAUAACACAUCCCUCGCAUCAUCUUGCAAUGCCUUCCUCGGUGCACUCACAAGAACAAGACCACGACCAGUCCAUGGUGGACGCGGCCCCGGAGGAACAGGAACAGGUGCAGCAUGAGGAAGAGGACGAAUUCGAGAUGGACGGCAAGCGGGUGAUUGUGUUGCCCGGCUCUACUGAGACCGCCGCCUCGUUUCAAUUCGAAGGAGAGGGACAUACACUGGGUAACGCGCUUCGAUAUGCUAUCAUGAAGAACCCCGCCGUCGAACUAUGCGGUUACACCAUUCCCCAUCCGUCAGAGACGAAGAUGAAUCUUCGUAUCCAAACUUAUGAAAAUACUACGGCUAUUGAAGCGCUUGAAAAGGGUUUCGACGAUCUCAUGGAUCUCUGCGAUGUCGUUACUGAGAAGUUCACCGCUGCGCGAGACGCUUACAAUUCAACGCAGGCUGAUCGGAUGGUAUCUUGAUAUUGCUUGCGCCCGUUUAUUCUCUUACUGCAUUUCACGUUUUUGGCGUUUACACAUUUGAAAAGUUAUUUUUCCUUUUUAUCUCCUUGGCAUUGUUUAGGAGUUUGUCAUGUCAUGUUCUUCCCGGGUGAAAUGUUCUUGAUACCACAUCUUAUGAUGGAAGAUCAAUCAAGACGUAUGAAUCGAUAGGAUUAUAAUAUAUUACGACCGGAUUUUGAGAUUAUCGAAUCCACGCGAGAAAAAAAUAAGUCGGA